AUGGACACCAACUUGAGUGUUGGUAGAUGCAUCCUUGACAUUGAUGUCCAAGGGGCAAGGUCUGUGAGCGAAAGUUCUCUUGAAGCCAUUUUUAUCUUUAUCUGCCCACCAUCAUUUGAGGAGCUUGAGAAGUGCCUUCGUGACAGGAGGACCGAGACAGAAGAACAGAUCCAAAAGAGACUCCGAAAUGCUAGGGCAGAGCUUCAGCAAGGACAAUCACCAGGCCUCUUUGAACAUAUCUUGGUAAACGAUGAUCUUGAGACUUGCUAUGAGAGUCUUAAGAAAGUCCUAGGUCUUGAUGGAAUCGCUGAAUUUGAAAAUGCCAAUCCAGUGCCAAAAUUUGUCGAUCUGCCUGUGGACCGGUCAGUGUCAAAGAUGGAUAAAAAAAUCCGUAUAAAUUGUCGAUCUGCAGAACUGGAAAACGCUUCAGAACAGUUAUUUAGUGAGAGGUCAAAUGAUAUGUUUUGUGAUGACAUUUUUGGAGAGUCACCUGCUGGAGUUCGUAAAACAGGUCCCAAGAUCUCAACCCUUAAUUCUAUUAGUGGGACAGGUGUCACGCCCAUCUCCUUUACUGUAGAAGAUCACUCUAGAGGAAUCACUCUAGAGGAUCUUGACGCCACUACCCUAACUUCAGUGGGCCUUGGUCUAAUGGGCAGGCCUAUCCUUUGA